UGGAUGAACAGGGCAGGUGAGCGCGCAGGUGGAGCGCAGCGUAGAGUUUCCCAGCAGCUCACAACAAUACUCGGAGAGGCCUCUUGGAAUAACGCACUCCAACUAACAUGACACAAAACAAGGUCAGCUUUGGAAUACACCUGCUUUAAUAACCGAAUGCUUGCUUGAGCUGUUGUAAAACUCAGAUUACUUGGACAAACAUCAGUCGUGGAAAUGAUGAAUUCAGAGGCUUUGCGUCCGACCCCGAAUCCUGCGCGUAAAGCGCUCGGAAAGCUCGCCACCAGGCUGGAGGAGGUGAAGAACCCCUGGAGACAAGGAUCAACGCUCGAACUCAGCCACAAUGAAACCGCUCGGCUCGCCACCGACGCGCUCCUGGAAAGCGGCGAGAAGGAGUAUAGAAAGGUCUUGCAUGACGAAAGAGAAGUCAACUUUUUGUCCUCUGUGGAAAUACGCUACAUCACCGAGAAUGUGGCCAAAAGUGGCGGCGUGGACAGCGGGACUAAUGGAGUGGACAUGGAGGAAAUUGACACGGUGUCCGAGCUCACUUCAGGGACUUACUUCCCCAUGAUGUCCGACGAGGAGCCGCCACUCUUGGAGCUGGGCUGGCCGGAGGUUUCCAGCCGAUUUGGACCCACAGAAGCGCAAAUACACUUCCAGCGGGACAAGUCGCAAAAUAUCAAAGAUCUCAUUCGAUCUCUUAUUAGUAAAGCCAAGAAGGUUAUCGCUGUAGUCAUGGAUAUUUUUACAGACGUCGACUUGUUCUGUGACCUAAUGGAGGCGUCUAACAAGCGUCGGGUUCCAGUUUAUAUUCUGCUGGAUGAGAAGAAUCUCAGCUAUUUUUUGAACAUGUGCUCAGAACUGGACGUCCAGAAUUCACACUUGAGUAACAUGAGGAUAAGAAGUGUAUGUGGAGACACGUAUUGCACCAAAAGUGGGAAGAAAUUCACAGGUCAGGUUCAAGAGAAAUUCAUGAUCAUUGACUGCGAGGAAGUCAUAGCAGGAUCAUAUAGUUUUACAUGGCUUUCCGGCAUGGUUCACAACAACAUGUUAAUGCACUUCUCCGGGCACGUUACGGAAUGCUUUGAUCGUGAAUUCCGCUGCAUGUAUGCAGAUUCCCAAAUAAUAGACCGUUUCCACAAUCCAGAUGAAGACGGGCUGCCCGGUUACUCUUACCACAUGCCAGUACCAAACUUUGGCAUGGACUUUCUUGCAGACUACGGCAAAGGGGAGCGAGUGUAUUCGGAGCACUCCAGUAGCCAAUCCAGUGACAGCGUUUCCAGCAUCAAAGCAGCUCCUCCAGGCAUGAAACCUAUUAAAGUCACACCUGACAAAAAGAACCCGGAAAACUCACAAAAGCCUCCAAACAGGAAGGGCGUCACGAGUCCGGUGCUUCAGAAGCCUUUGGGACCCCACAUCGGAAGAGGUUCUCCGAAUGGGACUCUCCAGAGUCAUGUGGUCGAUCGCACUUCCAUAGGUCAGUCGGCUGGUGUGGAAUGGUCCAAAAUGGGAACGACGGAUUACCUACGCUCAAACAUUCCAGGACAGACGUCCAAAAUCCAGGCUUUGAAUCUCUACAGUUCUCCAAAACCUCCGUCGCCAACUCUAGGCGACAACAAGAACGCCUCCAAACAUCGACUUCCCGCACCGUUCAUCAGUAAGUUCACGGAUUUGUUCAGCUCGAAAGAAAAGGACUCCCAUUAUUUCCAGAAGAUUCCUACUCACUCCUCUCCGUUCGGCGGGCCGGAUCUUUCUCAGAACGAACCGGAGAGUAAGCAGGGUCCUCCUCCACCAGGACCGAUGCCGACGGACAGGAAGGGCCAGGAGAAAAGGAUACAUAGGCAGGACGAGAAACGCAUGACGUUGGGUCACAGCAAAUUGGACCUUCUCAACCAGUACAACAAGUUAAACAAAUCCAAAGGGGUAUACAGUCGAUUUGAGCUAAAGAACAACUUACCUCAGUAAUGCCAGGACAGACUGGUUGACUCUUGUACAUUGCAGUUAUUGUGAUUGUGCAAAGGAACGAUGGUUUUCUUGGAGUGCGAUUGUUGGGCUUUUUCUACACAAGGCUAAAUAUCAACUAGGAUUGAGGGGCGAGGAGUGUUUUUCAUGCGUUUGUAUUUUUAUUGAAACUAAAUGCUUAGUACUAAUGCUGCCUGCAAGGUCUUCUGGGACAUUUAGGAAAUCAUAUUCAUGACGUGUUCAAGUGAUUUUGGACCGAGGCUGUAGUGCUAAAACAACAGCAUGAAGAGUAAAUAAUUUGCUCUGGGAAUAUAUAUAUCUAAUUAAAUCAUAUAUUAUAUAUAUAAUUAAAUCAUAUAUAUUAAAUCAUAUAUUUAUGUUAUUCAAAAUAUUGUGUUAAUGUUAUUCAUCAGUAUUUUCUUUUUGCCACAGAAAAUGAGAAAGGUAGUUUGGUCUCGCAGAUGUGUUGUGUUAUAAACCAAUGAAAAUUUGAGGAUUUUUUUUUAACUUAUUAUUUUUAUGUUAUAGUUUGUUUGGAGAAGUCACCUAACGUAACACAUAGUAUGUAAAAUAUUUUCAAAAUCAUCAUAGCUCCUUCUUAAGGUUUUUUUUUUUUUUUUUCCCAAACAACAUUUUCCAAAUCCACAACAAAAAUAAAGGGAUAUUUAUAUAUAUAUAUAUAUAUAUAUAUAUAUAUAUAUAUAUAUAUAUCACUUUAAUUGCUUAGAAAAGCACCUAUAAAUUGCCAUUAGAGUGAAAUUACUGAACCUAAACAUAGGAGCCUGAUUAAAAAAAAUGCUCAUUUUAGAUUAAAUUUUCAGAUAUAUAUAAAUAUAAAUAAAUAAAUAAAUAAAUAAAUAUAUAUAUAUAUGCAAGGUUUUUGCAUAUACAUAAUUUAUUUACUGUAAUUUUUAUUUAGUUUAAUCUAAAAUGCUUUUUAAUUUUUUUAAAAUAAUUUAAAUAAAUGUAAAUAAUUCAAAAUUUAAACAACAGUGUAUGUUAGUAAUUAAUAUAUUUACUGUUUUACAGUACUAUAAAAAAAGAACGUU